AUGAGACCGGUAUUUCAACCGUUUAUCAAAACCAUUGAUGAUGCUUUGGAAGCAAAUAUAAAAAUUCUCAUUUCCAGCAAUACUCUUGAGGAUCUGAGAAAUAAUAGAUAUACGAAUUUAACUCGUAUAUCGAAGCUAUUGAAAGAAAUGGGUCCUUCAAAUAUAACGGAAAAAAUCAAACAAAAGAACCGCUCCUUCGCUUAUGUUGUCACUCAAACUCAAUGGAUAUUUAUGUCACAGCUACAGGAAAAUCUCAUACAACCCAUUUAUCAACUAUCGGACAUUUGCUUUGGUAAGGUCUUCAGCACUUAUCCUAUACAAUACGAAGCGAAAUUUUCGAAUACUUUGGAUAUGUUUAUUUUGUACAUUGUCCAAAGUGGCCUAUGGCAACUUUGGGAAGAAGAGGCCUUCAUUUUUGCUUUAAGUAAUGAAUCAUUUGAAUUGCUGGAAGAUGAAUAUCCUAUAGAACCCUUGAAUAUAUAUUAUUUUAGAGUGGCUUGGAUUAUUUUAGUGAUCGGUGUUGUGUUGAGUGUUAUUUGUUUUAUCGUGGAAAUAUUGGUGUUUAAAUAUGGACUAAGUUGUAAGAUAAAGUUUAUGAAAAACGAGAUCAAAAGAGUAUAA